UGCUCAUUGUUAACGGACAACUCUUGAAAAAUACGAGAGAAAUGGCGAACUACUACGUUCCAAUCCAAACCGAAGCAUGCGAGAAAUCAACAUUGCCACACACAUCAAUGAACUACUACGUUCCGAUCCAGACCGAAGCAUGUGAGAAAUCAACGCCACCACGAUACACAUCACACAUUUUGGGGAGAAGGUUUGCACUAACUCCUACAUCUUAUAAAUGGUUGGAUAUCGGAAUCAACGCAGAAUCUAUAUCCUACGUGGAAUUGAUGCUGGGUGACAACCGCGGAAAUCAAAUUGCUCUGCCUUAUAAAACGUGGAGAUCGUUGAUUGAGAAACGUAUGGAUAUCGAGGGACUUAUGCAGUCAAAAACGGCUCCAUUAUUGAUUCACGAACUGAUUGUGCAGCAGAUUAAACUGCGUGAAGAACAUAUUAUAAAAUUAACAUUACACAAUACUUAUAUUUGUAUGAAGCUUGCAACUGUAUCAUUUAUGUUUGAACUUGAGCAUUGUAUUGAACAUGUAUAUUUCGCACUGUGUCAGAAUAUGAAUAAUGUUACUGACAAAUAUAAACAUUUGGUAACUUACUUGCGUCAAAAUUGCAUCACUAAUAAAAACGAUGCAGUAAAUAUUUUGCGAAAAAUUUAUGAUAAAAGUUCACAUAUUGAAUGUGAAUUAAUAGCUUAUGCUUCAGAUAAUAUUGCAUACGAUUCGCUAAAUGACAAAUAAAAUAUUAUAAUAUGUACAAAUGUGAAUACUGCAUACGAUGUGUUAAAUGACAAAUAAAAUGUUAUAAUCAUGUUAUGUGCAAAUUUGAAAUAAUAAUAAAAAUGUGAAAAUUGAAAUUGAACUUUUGAUUAUUUUUCCUAUCUUUAGCGAACGAGGCUGAUAGCUAUUCAGUGUGGUACAACGUGGUUGUCACAGCUGUGACAAUGACUUGACUUUCUUUUGUUACCAAGAACUCAGUUGUAAGAUGAGUAUUAAAUUACUAAAUUUAUUGUAAAGGAAGUAGCGGUAUUGAAUCAAGGAAACGUUCUCACGCAUUACAUUUUUACGAAUUCCGUGCCAUGGAAUGCAUUGACAAAAUCUGAAAGAUCUUGCGUUUCUUGGUUGGCUGCUUAUCACCAUAGAUUACAAUGGGAAGAUGGAAUAGUUCAGUAUCCGAAAGCGAAGCACCUGAUUUCAACAGCUGUAUAUGAUAAAAACGAUGAUGAAGCUAUCGUAUACGUUAAAGGGCAUGAAAAACGAGAAUGGUUGAAGAAUAUACUUGAUGUCAAUGUAAGAAAUAAUGUUAUUAUCGAGACCGUGGAUGCUGAUUACGAAGACACUGAAUCUUUAAAUAAUUUGGAUACUGCGAAUACUAUACGAUGUGCAAAACAUAUUAAGAAUUGUGCUAUGCAGAAUGUAUUUAAAUUAUACAAUUAUUGGUUACCAUGUCAAAAAGAUGCUAUAAAAUAAAAAAAUGUAUAAACGUAUUUAUGGUUUAUUUUUUUA